CAUUUCCACCACCAACACAUACGCCUCCUCUGUACUGUAAGCUUUCUCCUUCGUCUCACCCCCCACCUCUCCUUCCUUCCACACCGUAGAAAGACCGGCAGCCUACCGAUUCCGACCGCCUCCCUCUCCAUUCCUUGGGGGCAUGGCGCUUCGCGUGGCCUUGCCGCUCGUCGGCGCCGUCUUCUUCCUCGCCGCCGCCGCGGUGGUGGCGUCGAACGAGGAAGGGGACGCGCUAUACGCGCUGCGGACGCGGCUGUCUGACCCCGACGGCAUGCUGCAGAGCUGGGAUCCCACCCUCGUCAAUCCCUGCACCUGGUUCCACGUAACCUGCGACCACGCCAGCCGCGUCGUCCGCCUGGAUUUAGGCAACUCCAAUGUCUCCGGCUCCAUUGGCCCUGAGCUAGGCCGUCUUGUGAACCUACAGUACCUGGAGCUGUACAGGAACAAUCUCAAUGGUGAGAUCCCAAAUGAAUUGGGCAACCUAAAGAAUUUGAUCAGCUUGGAUUUGUAUGCCAACAAACUUACUGGAACCAUCCCCAAGUCACUUUCCAAGCUCAACUCACUGAGAUUCAUGCGCUUGAACAACAACAAACUUGCUGGCUCAAUUCCAAGGGAGCUGGCCAAACUCUCCAACCUGAAAGUCAUUGACUUGUCUCACAAUGACCUCUGUGGAACGAUCCCCGUUGAUGGUCCAUUCUCAGCCUUCCCUCUUCAAAGCUUCGAGAACAACAGCAGGCUGAACGGCCCGGAGCUUCAAGGAUUGGUUCCCUACGACUUCGGUUGUUAGGAACAUGCUGAUGCGUACAAUAAUGCAGGCCAAAGGAAGCAAAAAUACCAGUACAAUUAGUAACACUAGAAUAUCACUUGUGAUGUAUAAAGCACUAGCAGUGUAUGUGAGUGUAGGGUCUGAGAUUAUGUACUCAGUCAGACAGCAUAAAGAAGGGCAUGAAUUCAGCGAAGUUAUACUUCUUUAAUACAGUUAUUAUCUAUUACUAUCUAUUAAAUUGGAAUUAGUGGUGAUA